AUGGACACUACUAUAGAGACCAACGAAGUGAUCUCGACCCCUCCACCUACGACAGAGGAUGCUACGGUGGUCUUGGACCCGCCUGCCAAGCUUAGAGUCGUGCUAGAAGACACAGUCGGGGACAAGAGGCUUGCUCUACUAUGCUACCUCAAUGACGUUGCAGACGUGCGCAAAAACAUCCGUACAUGGUGGGAGCGCUAUCGCUCUAGCGAACUCGCCCUAGGGACUGUCGCGUCACUGACCCAGGACAGGAUUUCUCGCCUUCGAGACGCGUCCGCACACAUAACAGCAGAGUAUCCAGAGUUCACUCGGUUCAAGGAGAUUGCAACAUUCCUGAACUUGGAUCUGGGGUUUGAGCAUGGCAGACUGGUCGAUCUGAAGUACGACGACAUCACCAUGGCUAGCAAUGAACCUUCGUCUUUCUUACUUAUAGACGCCUGGACGGAGUUAGUUCUGCUGCGCACUAACCUGCAGAACUACUCGUCGACAUCGCCGACCGACAGGGAAGAGUCGGCAAAUGCCGAAAAGCACAUUGCUACUAGCCAUCCUCUCGCUAGCACUCUCAUGGCUUCGCGCGAAGUGGAGAAGCUCGCGGAUAUCUGGCACCUGGCUGGCCCUGGCGAAUGCCCAGAUCGCGCGACGGCAGACUGGAUCGAGUUCCUGCACGACAUAGAGAAAGCGAUCGGCGUGAACCUCGUUACGACUCUGCAGAUUCAGCUCGACGUUCUGGAUGUCAUGAAGCAAGCACCUCUAAGCCACGUCCCCUUCCUUGCUGCCGUUGCCCUGAGGGCUUCGACAUCGCGCAAAAUGCUGAAGGACAUGACCGCGGACCUACCUUUCUAG